GCGUGUAGAAAAAAAUGUAUUUUUGAGAACUAUCAUGGAAGCACACCUUGGGAUCUUACCUUUUCUGCUACUAAGUCUCUUCAUUAAAACGACGUAUACAAACAAUGUUUCGAUAUCAGAAGACGUACGUCACCCAAGAGUAAGCGGCCGAAUAGUCAAGCUAUAUUCUGGAAUCAAACCAGAACCAAUCCUGUGUUCCGGUGAAGGAUUCCAAGAGGACCCGCUUGACUGCGCCGUGUUCUACAGAUGUGUGAAAGGAGCCAAUGACAAAUACACGGUUUUCAGGUAUCAAUGCGGACCGGGUACAGUAUACGACCCCGACACAGAGAUAUGCAACCACCCAAAAAGCACGAAAAGAAUUAACUGUGGAGGUUUUGCAGCACAACCCACUGAACUUGUCAAUGAAAAUGAAAUUGACGGAUCACACGACGAAAUACCAUCUCCAAUAAACAUAAAACAAGUAGCAUACACUGAACAAGCUAUCAAAGCUGACGCACCGAGUCUUUCAACAAAAACAUUUUGGUCUUCAUCAACUACAACACAUUCAUGGGCAACACCGGUAAAGCAACAACUUAGGGCGACAAGAUCCCCUUUGCCUCGUCAGACUACUCCAGAAAGCGGAGAGCCCUGCACAUCUGAUGGAUUUAUGGGUGACAGCGAGAAUUGCCGAAAAUUUUACAGAUGCGUAGGUAAUGGACGAGGUGGUUAUAUCAGAUACGAGUUUUCUUGUAGUGAACUAACAAUUUGGGAUGAUGAGACACAAGCAUGUAAUCACGCUUGGGCAGUAAAAAAGAGGAGAUGUGGGCGAGGCAACCCAGAUGAUGAAAAUAAAACCAUCAAAUCUGAAUUAACUAAUGCGGACAAUGAAUUGAAGUCUGACCAAACAAUUCAGUCACAAUUACAAGUAGCUUAUGGAUCUAAAGUUGAUCAAGUACAGACACAAAUAAGCAAAGGUUCGAUGAUACAGAACCAAACACAAAUAAAUUAUGGUGAACAAUUAAAAGAAAAGUCUAAUAGUGCCUAUACGAAACAAAACCAAACUCAAAUAUCACAUGGUUCAGCUGUAAGUCAGACUCAGACACAAAUUAGUCACAGCAAUAAAGGAUCCCAAACCCAAUUACAAAUUGAUCAUUCAAAGGAAGCUAGCCAAAGUCAAACACAAAUACAUGAAACAAACACUGAUCAAACUACAUCUUCUUCGUAUUAUGGAGAAACACAACAACCAAACGACGAAAAACCUGACACUGGGAAUGAAAAUAAUGAAUGUACUGAAAGUGGAUUCAUGGGAGACUCUAAUAAUUGUAAGAAAUUCUAUAGGUGCGUUGAUAAUGGAAGAGGUGGUUAUAUAAAAUACGAAUUCACUUGUGGAGAAGGAACAGUGUGGGAUCCUAAUGCAGAAGCAUGCAACCAUGAGUGGGCUGUAAAGGACUGUAAAAAUAAAUCACCGUCACAAACACAGACUGAAAACAGCAAAACAACAACAACAAAAAAGCCUACCACAAUGGAAAUGAUUCCAGAAGAGAAUGAAGAUGUAGGGUAUGGUGGUCAAAAUCAACAACCUUCUCAAACAACCGAACAAGACAAAACGUCGACAACUACGGAAAGUAAUAUAGCUACACAAGCUACUGAGGGUAACCAUGUCUCAAGUACUACUACUGCAUCAGGUGAAAAUGUUUGUACUUCCGGUGGAUUUAUGGGUGAUACUCAAAACUGCAAUAAAUUUUACAGAUGUGUUGAUAAUGGAAACGGUGGUUACACUCGAUAUGAGUUUUCAUGUGGCGAGGGCACGGUGUGGGACUCAAGUAUAGAAGCAUGUAACCACGCUUGGGCAGUUGAAAACUGUGGUAAGGGAGCGCCAGAUAAAAAUACUCAACGUACAACCACAAUAGCUAACAACAUAAUGCCAGACGAAGAAAUUGAUAACAGUUACCCAUCACAAAGUAAUAAUAAUGUUGACCAACCAGACCAGAAACCUACAGAAUCCACAGUGUCGAGUACAACAAGUACAACGACAUCAGCUUCUCAAACAACAUCGUCACCAAAUAGUAAUGAUUGCACAACGAGUGGAUUUAUGGGGGAUAAAAAUGAUUGCAAAAAGUUUUAUCGGUGUGUUGAUGACGGCAAAGGUGGUUAUAUUCGUUAUGAAUUUACAUGUGGCGAAGGUACUGUUUGGGAUCAAAGUAUCGAGGCAUGUAAUCAUCCAUCAAAUAAUAACAAAUGUUCAGGAAGUGAAACAGCAACCCAAGAAACUGAAAACGAAGGCACAACUCAAACAUCUACUACUACACAAAGUGGCAGUGAUGCCGAAGAAUAUAAUGAAGUAACUACCACAUCUACUGAAAAACCAGCGCAAGAACCAACAACCAAUAAAGAUUCUUGUACUAAGGAAGGAUUCUUUGGUGACUCAACAAAUUGCAAAAAGUUUUACAGAUGUGUUGAAAAUCAACAAGGUAGUUUUACUAAGUACGAUUUUACAUGCGGAGAAGGCACAGUAUGGGAUCCAGAAAUUGACGCCUGUAAUCAUGAAAGCUCUGUUAAAAAAGGAUGCAGUACAUUAACCGAUAAUCAAUUACAGCAGCAACCAUCAAACAAUGAAAAUAUGGAGAGUAGUACAUCGCACCCGAGUACAUCAGGUACAUCAGAGACAACUACAGAGAAGACUGAACAAAACCAAAGCUCAUCUGAUGACAACUGUGAGUCUGAAGGAUUUUUUGCCAAUUCAGCUGAUUGCAAGAAGUUUUAUCGCUGUGUGGAUGAUGGAAAAGGUGGCUACACUAAAUACGAUUUUACUUGCGGUGACGGUACCGUAUGGAACCAACAGUCACAAACGUGCGACCAUGAAUCAAAUGACAAUAAAUGCUUAGUAAUUUCUGAAACAAACACUUCUGAAAAGCCAACAUCGGAAUCAGGAACCACAGCACAAACAGCGGACACCAAUGAUUCAACAACGUCUACCACUGGGCGCCCUAAUAAUGAACAAUCUAAUAACAAUGAUCAAUGUGAAUCGGAAGGUUUCUAUGCUAAUUCACAUGACUGUAAGAAGUUUUACCGAUGCGUAAGCAAUGACAAGGGAGGUUAUACAAAAUACGAUUUCACUUGUGGAGAAGGUACAAUUUGGGUACAAGAAAUACAGGCGUGUGACCAUGAUAACGAUAUGUCUAAUUGUAGUUCUCAAGGUACAGCUUCUACUUCCAGUUCACAGAAUGGACCAGAUGAACAACCUACCACCAAAGCCUCUACCACUACAUCCCAGUCUCCAAGUGAUUGUUCGAAUAGCUCAAGUUCGAAUACUAAUAAUUCACAGUCAAAUGAAUGUAAUAAUGAAGGAUUUUAUCCAAAUAAUAAUGACUGUAGAAAGUUCUACCGCUGUGUUGAUAAUGGGCAAGGAGGGUACACCAAAUAUGACUUUACUUGCGGCGAAGGCACCGCUUGGGAUACGGAUGUACAAGCUUGCAAUCAUGAAAAUCAAGUGAAAAAUUGUCAUGGUGCACAAGGAGAAAACCAAUCAGAACAAGGACCUACUGAACAAAAUUCAUCUCAAACAACAGAAGCAACCAGUACUACAACUAAAACAUCGACAACCAAAUCUUCAAAUGAAAAUAAACCACAAGAUAGUAGUGAUAAAUGCGAAAAUGAAGGGUACUUUGGAGAUAGCAGUGAUUGUCAAAAGUUUUACAGGUGUGUUGAUAACGGCAACGGUGGUUUGACUAAGUACGAUUUUACGUGCGGCGAAGGCACGAUUUGGGAUCAAGAUAUACAAACGUGCAAUCAUCCAGGUGAUGUCCAAAAUCCGUCAUGUAAUAGUAAUACAACUACCACAUCUACAACUACUGAAGCAUCAAGUGACACAUCGUCUACAACUACGGCGUCAUCAUCAAGCUCUGAGUCCUCAUCAUCCUCGUCAACUACUGAAGGCUCAUCCGACUGUUCUCAAGGAUCCACGCAAAAACCUCAAAAGUCACAAGUUAAUUGUACUAAAGCAGGAUUUUACGCUGAUCCUGAUGACUGUAAGAAGUUCUAUAGGUGUGUAGACUGGGAUAAUAAUGGUCAAAAGUUUUCAGUUUAUCAUUUCGAGUGCGGAGAGGGUACAAUAUGGGAUCCAGAACUAGAAACAUGUAACCAUGAAGAUUCUGUAUACCCCCCGCGUGACUGUUCUGGGGCUCAAAGUGAAAAUACUGCGGAAUCUACUACUACUACUACCACUACUACUACUACUACUACUACUGAAAAAACAACAACUCAGGAAUCAACGACAACAGAAGCAACUUCUACACAACAAUCUACGACUGAAACAUCUACUACACAAGAAACAUCAACAACUGAAGAAAGCACGACUGAGCAAAGUACUACUGAAAAAUCUACAACUACAGAAAAGACUACAACCCAACAAUCUACUACGGAACAAAGUACUACAGAGAAAUCAACGACCACCGAAAGCACUACACAGUCUAGUACCACAGAGCAAACUACUGAACAAUCGAGUACUACGGAGCAGUCCACUACAGAAAGUAGCACCACUGACCAAACGAGUACUACAGAGCAAACUACAAUAGAACAGUCUAGUACUACACAACAAUCAACUACCAGUGAAGAAACGACAACUCAACAAUCAACUACUGAACAAAGCACUACGGAAGGAACGACUGAAAGUUCUACAGAACAAUCAUCCACUACGCAAGAAUCAACCACACAAGAAUCAACAACAACUGAACAGUCAAGUACUUCUACAACAGAACAAAGUUCUGAAAGCACUACAACAGAAGAUAAUCAGGAAUCUACUACAGAAAGCAGUUCUUCAAAAGAUUGCCCAGAAACGGAGGAUGACCAAUAUCUUUACGUAUGCCCAACUUCGUUUAAGCGACAUCCUAAAUAUUGUAACAUGUUCUAUCAGUGCACUGAAGAUGAUGAUACCCAUGACCUUGACAUUGCUGUUUUCAAAUGCCCUAAUGACACAAUUUACGAUGAGAGUAAAAAUCAAUGUGUCGAAGAGAAAAAUGCUGACAAAAAAUGUGAUGGUGAGAAAGCCGAUAGACGAAGAGUAAAACGUCUGGGUGCCAAUUAUAAAGAGCCGAUUGUCGCAAGCAAAGAACCUCUCACUUGCCCAUCAAUGGGCCACUUCCAGUUCGAGAAAGCAGAAUGUUCUCCGGCCUUUUUGAAAUGUGAUAAAACGAAAUCUGGCAAAUUAAGAGGAUAUGUAAACCAAUGUCCCGAUGGCUACGUCUAUUGGUCAGUUAGCAGAAGAUGUGAAGCGAAUUAUAAAGUAAGAGAUUGUCAGAGGACUACAAAUGACUGGAGCGGACGAUGGGAUAUACCAAUAGAAAGAAGUAACGUUGCAACAUAAAAUAAUAAAAAAACAAAACAUGUAUAACAUGAAGACAGUAACAAAUCAAUCUACCUUGUCUACUUGCAUUUGUGCAAUAUUCUAAUUAUCUAAAUCUAAAAUCUGUAUAUAAGUAGGUAUUUACGAUGCUUUUGUGCCUUAGGGCCAUUCACAGCAAAGAUGUUUCGGUAAAAUUGUUCGAUUUUAAGUAUCUAGUCUCGUAAAAAUAAUUAAACGAAACAUUUUGACGUCAAUAUAUUUUGCUGCCAUAAUUUUAAGUGAAGGGGGAACUUGUGGUCAAAAUAUUGUCACAUAUAAGUAACACUAUUUUGAGCACGACUUGUUGUUUAUAAUAGAUUAAUAAAUUACUAUUUUUA